AUGGACUCCCAAAACGCGAGCUUCAAUGCUGGACAAGCCAAGGGCCAGGCUGAGGAGAAGGCUAGCAGCAUGAUGGACAAAGCUAGCAAUGCAGCUCAGUCUGCUCAAGACUCCAUGCAACAGAGAGGUUCUCAAUGGAGGGAAGGAAUUUCUAAAGUGGUGCCCUUUUGUAAGAGGCAUGCGUACAGGGUUUCCAUAUGUGGUGGCCAAAUGGACCGAAUGAGACUUAUCAAUGAACAAAAUGAUGGAAAGCACCAAAUGCCCUGGAGCACUGGAACUGGUUGGCCACAAUAUUACUACAAUAUAAUGAAGAUAUGUGAGGCCAUGCAUGUCACUCUUUGGACCAAACUGAAUCAUAGUGUGGGAAGUGCACAGCUAGCACAGUAA